AUGGCGCCGCUGCCCCUGUCAGGGCCCCUGUUGGCACCACUGUACCUGAGAGGGCCCCUGGAGGAGCCACCACCCCUGAGAGCUUUCCUGGGGGCACCAAAGCCCCUGGAAGCUCCGCUGGGGACACUGCAGUCACUGGGAGGCCCUCUGGACGCGCCACCGCCCAUGGCAGGGCCCCUGGGGAUACCACUGGCUCUUGGAGGUCCCCUUAAGGCGUCACCACCCCUGUCAGGGCCUUUGGAGAGAGUCUCUGAGGGCAGCAGCGCCCCUGGCAGGGCCCUUGGUGAUAUCACUGCCCCUGGCAAGGCCACUGUGGAUGCAACCGCAUCUGUGAGGUGCCCUGGGGGCGACGCUGUCCACGAGAGAGUCUCUAGAGACGCCAUCCCCCCUGGGAGGGCCUCUGGAGGCAUGACUACUGUUGGGAGGGCCCCUGGAUUGCCCCUGAGGAAGCCACUGCCCCUAGGAGGGUUUUGGGGGGCGCCAACGCCCCUGAGAGGGCCCCUGGGGAACCCAAUGUCCCUGGUAGGGCCCCUGGGACACUGCUGUCCCUUGGAGGGUACCUAG